CAUCAUACCGUGUGUCUCUAGACACCAUACAUCAUACCGUGUGUCUAUGGACACCUUACCAUACAUCAUACCGUGUGUCUGUGGACACCCUACAUCAUACCAUGUGUCUGUGGACACCUUACCAUACAUCAUACCGUGUGUCUGUGGACACUCUACAUCAUACCGUGUGUCUGUGGAUACCAUACCAUACAUCAUACCGUGUGUCUGUGGACACCUUACCAUACAUCAUACCGUGUGUCUGUGGACACCCUACCAUACAUCAUACCGUGUGUCUGUGGACACCCUAUAUCAUACCGUGUGUAUGUGGAUACCAUACCAUACAUCAUACCAUGUGUCUUUGGACACCAUACAUCAUACCGUGUGUCUGUGGACACCUUACCAUACAUCAUACCGUGUGUCUGGAUACCAUACCAUACAUCAUACCCUGUGUCUGUGGAUACCAUACCAUACAACAUACCGUGUGUCUAUGAACGCCGCGCGGUGGGUUCACCCGUCCUCAGGUUAUAUAUAUAUGAGAUAAUACAUGAAUGAUUGACACUUACGCUCGGAUGGUUUAGUUCUUAUCACCCAAAUAAAAUACACAUUUGACUGAUAACAACAGAAGUAUAUACACCGAUGUUUGUUCUUUGAUGUAAGCAAGAUGGCGUCAAUAUUUAGACGACAGAGGAAAGUCUUCACACUGAAGGAGCUUUACGAAUCAAAGCUUGAGCUUCCGGUUAUAAUAUAUAUAGAGGAGGGCUUCGCGGGCAACAAUGCCGUGGAAACGAUCGGUGCAGGACAGUAUUUCUUCAUUCAUGCGAUCUACAGACAGAGGAGAGCGAUGACGAGAGGCCAUGUUCCCGCCGUCUCCUCGGACAAGUGUCUCCUCAGCAUCCCCGUCGGGUACCCCAUCAAGUUUAGACACGUGGAGAGUCGAACAAAAGUUGGACCAGAGGACUUUAUGUGGUCUCUCCUCCGGAAACUGGACCCACCGUUCCAAGUACAAAUGUCUCGGACAGACCGUCGACGUUUGUCCGUUGGACCAGUUUCCACGUCGACAUCUAAUAUUUCAAACCUUCUAGUGACGGGGAAAUACAAGGAGAUUUACCUUCUCGGAAAUCUUUUAAAUCAUGGUACGGGCUCUCUUUACUACCGGAACGUGACGGCUAUCCCGCUGUACGUGCCCGAGGUCAAGGUCAGAGUCGUAGAUGGCUUUUCUGUGGGAAUGAAAGGAGACUGGACGAUGUACAUAGAUGAACUUUAUGCAUUUGCUCUACAGGAAAUUGACCUACAUGGAACCCAUGGAAACAUGGACAUUUCUGUUUUUAUGGACAAAAAGGAAUCGUUUGAAACGCCUCGAAUGUGCGAGUUCCUAGUUCCGGACCGUUACCUAUCGCUUCAGUGGCCCGAGGAAAAAUCCGCAGUUCCCAACCCCCAGCAAUUCCAGCCUUCGCUAAAGGAAGAUAAACAUAGGUACUCCGAGUUUCCAACGACUAAAGCUGCCGACAACAAAAGACGACCAGCCGACAAGCCGUCACAGACAACGACAGGGGAAGGUGAUGACGUCAUUCACGUAUUCAGUCAAGAUUACACACCCUUAGACGAAAUACGGGACAUGAAGAGACCUGUUCCGGAGCCCAGACAGAGGAAUCAGCCGACGGCUCCACCUGAGGAUGAACUCGUACCUCCGUUACCUCCAAGGAACCGAGGUGGUUUAGACGUUGUAAAAGGGACAUCUAAUGUGUACGUACGAUCACAACCUGACCAGGACGAGUUUGAUGGUGAGAGGAAAGCUCAGCGGAGGGGAGCGGAGUCCAUGCCACAUUACGAGAAAAAUAAAACAGUGCUUCAAAGACAGUUGUCUAAAGAACUUUUGAAAAUGUGUGAAAAGAGGAAAAAUGUUGAUGUUGAAGGCAAGACACCUGGCGAGUUCACUGAACCUGAUAUCGAUUACGAUUAUUUACCCUCCAAGUGUGAAGGAGAAACAGACAACAAGUGUAACGACGGAAAACAUGGAAACGGUGAGUACUACGUCACACACCGGAAGCGGAAGGACCAAGAUAAACGGCCUGAUCAAAGCAAGGCGACCUUUGACCCCCAUAUGCCCUUAGCCGAAAUGACAAUUGAUGGUGUAGCGCAAGUGUUGGGAAGACUUAACCUGUAUAAAUACGAGGCAGAUUUUAGGUCUCAGCAGAUCGACGGAUUCAUGCUAAUGAAACUUACAGAUGAUACACUUCAAAGUUCCUUCGGUUUUACAGUUCUCGAAUCGCUUCGCUUAAUGAACUUCAUCCUGCACAAACAUCUGCCGAGGAUGCAGUGAAAUACGACUAGUACUCUAAACAAACGAAAACAUUGUUUUAUAAAAAUGCGUGAACAUUCUAGUUACAAAUUAUUUUGAAAUAAACUUGGACGCACGAACUUAUACCACGGUGCUAAGGAUUUCGAAUCAUAGUUAAAUAAGAUAAUUAUGAACACAUGUCCUAAAUUCAUACAGGCAUCUAACUGACUGUGGCCGUAAUGAUAAACAAAAGGAGGCUGGGGAUACAGCCAAGAUAGUGGUUGUUAUAUAUACAAUACACGUGAACCAUACAGUGUGUUAAUUAUGGUGCAAGGGAGGUAACUCCGUAAUUACAACAUGUGUGUUAUGUUAGGAACUCUCCAGGAAGGAGACAAGAAGGUAGAAUGGAAUAAAUAUGACAGUCAAUCCAAACAACAUGUGUGUAAAUCCUCCACACAAGCGAGCCCCACAUAACUAACCCAUAACAUGGUGAUCCUGGUGUAUUGUAACACUGUCAGGGUCACAGAGGGUCUUGGACGGAUAAUCUACUUCCUUCAAUGACAACGUCAUAAUGUAUUAUCAACAAUCAGAUCAUAAAAUGGCAUAAUGAAAUUCUUUGACCGACAACCCUCCUCUUGUAUUCCAGCAGGAAUGUUGGGUCUGAGACAAGUCUACAAUUGUCCGUCGUUAUUCUAACGGACGUUUGAUAACAAGAAGACAGUUUACAUAGUCUCACAAUCGUCCACCUACACAGAUUUCUUAUAACAUGAUUUAUUUUCUUGUGUUAAAAAGAACAUCACUGUCAUAACACCACAUCGUAUUCCUGGUACAAGUGACUUUAUUAUACGUCGAUCAUGGUCAUACAAACGCUUAGCAUAGUAGGACAGUAUUGCUAUAGUAUACAAACAUGUGAGUGACUUCCGUUAUACUAAUUGACCUACAGUAUGGACAAUAGCGACAAUUACCGACUGGUAAAAUACAUACAUGACAAUCACUGUGGUUGUCGGGGGAAAUGCGCAAGUAAGGCAGUGUCAACAGGCGCGU